AUGAAAGGGCAAACAUUAUUAAGUGGAUAUUUCAGCGUAUCCCCUAGGUCCAGCCCUCCCCACUCCCCAGCAAUCGAAAUAGAAGAUGACCCCCCACCUGUUGGCAACAAAGACUUCCCACCACAAAUUCCGGCUUCCACAAAGCUGCUUGGCCACACUAGGCUUAGAACAGCCAAGGAAAUUGCAUGCACUGCCACUGAAUCAGAUGAAUCAGAUAUUGACAGUGAGAUGGAUGAAGAGGUUGAUGAAUUGAUCCAGGGUGAUGAAGCGGGUCCAAGAGUAAUGGAGGGGAUCAAAGACUGGAAGGUUUUGCGAGACCAGAUUGAUAAGAUGCUUGAGAAGCAAAAGAGAAGGGUUACAAUGCGACUCAGUGAGAUUCAAAGAUACACAAUGUUAUGGCAGUAUGGGAACCUUCGGGUCAAGGGGUUUUCAGCAGUGGAUGCUAGUGCUCUGCUUGCCAAUACUUACCAUGUGCAUGCUGGUAUUUGGUUUGCACGCCGCUUAUGCAUGCUUGCAUGA